AUAAGCCGUGAAAUAGGAAAUGAAACGUCGCAAGGACUCUUUAACUGACCUGGAAAUCGAGCCGAGGAAGAUUUACACUUCCUUCUUAUGAGACAGAUUUUGCAACAAGACCUUUAUGUGCUGUGGUUGACUGGCAAGUAGGAAAAACGUAUUUUGCAUCAGAAAAGCUGAGGCUAAGCCGCUAAGGCCCUAUUUACAUAGUUGUACAUUGCUCCUGCAAUCAUGGGUUGUUGUGGGAAAGACCAAGAUGAUGAUAACAUAGAGAUGAAUGCCAAAGGCGAUGGAGGAGGAAAGCAAGGGAAAUAUGGAGCCCCAAGGAAAUAUGAUCCAACAUUCAAUGGUCCCAUUAAAAAUAGGGGUUGCACGGACAUUAUAUGCUGUAUUUUGUUCGUCUUGUACAUUGUGGGAAUGGUCAUUGUUGGAGCCCUAGCAUUUGUUUGGGGAGAUCCAAUGAAACUCAUUAACCCAACAGACAGUAAAGGCCGAGUCUGUGGAAAGGAUGCAGCAGUUGCGAGUAAGCCAUACCUCUUCUAUUUCGAUUUGACGGAAUGUGUCCCAUCAGGCUUUGACGCUUCCACAGCUGUCGCAACGAUCACAAAUUGUCCCACAUACACGGUAUGUGUUAGCAAAUGCCCUGAAAAGAAUACUGCCGCUUUGUUAGCCAAGAAAGAUGAGAUCAUCUGUAAAGAUGACCAUGUCCCAGGCCUGUGGGAUUCCAUGAGUUACAGUCAAAAGAAAUACGAAAUUUUUACGAAUAAAUCUUGUGCACCAUACACGUUGCAAAGUAGCGAUGUUGUGUCCAGAUGCAUACCAACAGUUAUUGGAACUACUCUCUCAAGCUUUUUGUCGACAAACAAAGGAAGUCUUAGUGAAGAUGGGAGCAAGAAUAUAACGCAGAAAGAUGUUGAAAAUGGCAAUAUAGCAGCUGCAAUCUUGCUGAAUCUUCAAAAUCUUGGAAAGAAGGUCAUCCAAGAUGUUCAGACUUCCUGGUACUGGAUUUUAGCGGGCCUUGGAAUUGCAAUGGUUGCGUCCUUUCUCUACAUUUUAGUUAUGCGAUGGGUUGCUGGCAUCCUUGUGUGGCUAACCACUUAUGCAGUGCUAACUCUUAUUGGAUACGGUACUUACUAUUGUUACAAUGAAUACGAUCGUUUGAAGAAGAUGGACUCAAAUCAAAGCUUGCAAUUUCAGUUCUCCACCAAUCUAUCUUCCUACAAAGACAAAAAAGAGACAUGGCUGGCCUUUACUAUUAUUCUUGGCGUCACUCUUGGAAUUCUUCUCCUACUGCUUUUGGCAUUAAGAUCACGAAUUCGUAUCGCAAUUCAAAUCAUCAAGGAAGCCAGCAAGGCCAUUUCAAGAAUGAUCUCAACACUGUUCUUCCCUAUCAUUCCUUGGAUUUUUCAAGUUAUUCUCUUCACGUGGUUUGUCGGUGUACUUACAUACUUGGUCACGUCAGGAGAUGCCAGUUACAAGCAAGUUAAAAACGGGACCGUUACGACUGCUCUUUGUAAAGCUGCGGACGCCUUGAGUUCGGUAAACGACCAAAAUGUUUCUUGCAAUUUCAUCGAAUACAAGACAAACGACAAUCUCCUGCGGAUGCAAGUCUUUCACCUCUUUGGAUGGUUCUGGCUGAUGAAUUUCAUUGUCGCCUUUGGACAGUGCGUUCUUGCAGGGGCGUUCGCCUCUUGGUACUGGGCAUGGGAUAAAAAAACUGAUGUUCCAACACUGCCUCUUCUUGCAUCAAUGGGACGAACUCUGAGAUACCACACCGGAUCCCUUGCUUUUGGUUCAUUGAUCAUUGCCAUCAUCCAGCUAAUCAGAGCUGGACUGGAAUACUUGGACCACAAAUUAAAUGGACCUGGAACUCAGCCAGGACCAGUUACAAAGUUCCUUAUCAAGUGUCUCAAGUGCUGUUUCUGGUGCUUUGAAAAGUUCAUCAAAUUCUUGAACAAGAAUGCUUAUAUCGAGAUUGCGGUAUAUGGAAAAAACUUCUGCACGUCUGCAAAGAACGCAUUCCUGUUGCUUAUGCGAAAUGUGAUCAGAGUCGUUGUGUUGGACAAAGUCACCGACUUCUUGCUAUUUAUUGGCAAACUGACAGUUGUCAUGGGAAUAGCUGUUGGCAGCUUCUACUGGUUCAAAGACCGAAAAGAUUUAAACUACUACCUUGCCCCAGUGAUGAUCAUCACCGUUGGCGCCUACAUGAUCGUUUCAGCCUUCUUCAGUGUUUACGAAAUGUCCAUUGACACGAUAUUCCUGUGUUUCCUUGAAGACAGCGAGCGUCACGAUGGCUCACCAGAAAAGCCGUACUAUAUGUCAAAAUCCUUAAAGAAAAUUCUUGGAAAGAAGAAUAAAAAGAGCGAUGAUGAUGAUGAUUGAACUUGUUGAGUAGGCGGAUGUAAAUGGGGGCGAUUAACUCUGCAAUUCUUUUCCCUUUCAAAGUAUACAUUACAUUAUACUAAUGUUUUAUGUUUGGUGUGAUGUAAUAUUUCAGUCAGUUUUGCACUAUAACGUGUUUAGUCUUUCCUAAGACAGGUAUUUCUACAUUUUCAUCGUAUAUCAGAUAACUUACGGCUUAUGACUGUUUAGAAAAUUAAAGUUAGAGCAACAUUGGGUCACUAAUGAAAUACCUUCUACACUAGAAAUGAGUAAUGUAAAUACACUGUGUAUAUUUACAUUACCAAGCAAUUGCAUUACCCAAACCUGCAGUUGUUUGCAUGUUGAAGGAGAAUUUCACGACUUUUCUCAUAUUUAGACUGUAAAAUGCUUGAGCUUGAUGUUUUCGCCAAUGAUUUGAAAAUUCGCCUAAUUCAACUUUUGCUUUUGUCAAGUUUAUUUAUCGUAAUGCAAAUUUUUUCAAAUACUGACAUUUGCGGCCAUGAUUAACUAAAGUACGCUCGACAAUUGGCACUUUUUACUUUUCAAGACCUCUUCAUACAAUGCACAUUGACAGUUUAACCCUUAUCCUUUCUGUGAGUAUUCUCUACAAAGAUUACUGUGUAUAUGAUACCUUUGUUUGCCACAGUAAAUAAUUUGAUGUACUUUUGCCACAGUAAAUGAUCAGUGCCAUUCUAACUUAAGAGAAUCUAGAUAAUAAGUGCCAAUCUAUAAAGAUUUAGAUAAAAAGUUAGUUAUGCCCAGCACUUUGUUCACGUUCAUGAUCCGUAGCUGUCUGGAUGUAGAAAAGCGGUAAUGAUUCGAAGCACGUGCUUUCUACCUCUUUUUAAAAACGAGGCAAGAAACGUUUAAGUGAGUCGACAGAAAGCACAAAUACGAAAAAUUAAAUUAUCAAAAAUAAUUUUCUAUUAUUGUGCCCAAGCAAAUAGGGGGGUCUUUUACUACCUAACUAGUAAUGGGUCUACUUUGCCUGUUGUGUGGCUUUUUCAUUUUUCUCAAAGGUUAUGUGAUCUGGCACUUCAGGUAUUAAGAGGUUUUUAAGCACUGAACAUUUAAACUUGUUUCCUUGUUUUUAUGGGUUUAUUGAUUAUUAAAUCUAAGAAGUUGUAAUAUUGUAAAGUUGGUAUGAAAUUAUUAAUCAGUGAUGCUAAUAUUAAUGUCCUUAUUUUGAGUAAA